AGUACACGACGGCGGCUGGCGCGUGCGGCGUGCUGGCCGUGCUGGUGACGGCCCUGAUGUGCGUCAUGUCGCCGAUGGUGCUGGCGAUGCGCGUCACCCGCCGCCGCGUGGUCGUCAAGUUCCGGCACGCCAUCAUGGGCAAGCUGGUGAUCAGCUGCAUAGGAACCGCCUGCUGCGUGCUAUGCAUAGUGCUCUUCGAUAUUGAAGUGAGAGCCAGGAGACUGGGGGAGAACCUGGGCUUCUUCGUCUAUUACUCCUGGUCCUUCUAUAUCAUGGUGCUGUACGUGCUGCUGGCGCUGGCGCUGUGCGGCUUCGCCGCCGCCGAGUUCGUGCUCGCGCGUCGCUACAACGGCCGGCCGAUCCCGUACGAUCCGCGCAAGUCGCCGCUGCGCUCCAGCCUCAAGAAGAAGCGGCGCAGGCCUAGCGACAGCCCGGAAGAGUCGAUCGACUCGGGCGUCAUGAUCAUCCGCAACCCGGCGCCUUCGUCGCCGUCGGCCGGGCGCGGCAAGAAGGUGCGCAUCAACACGCUCGACACGGCUGUGUGA